CUAGCCGUCGGUUGGUUAGGACAUCCUAUCUUUAGAGAUAAAGAGGGGCGUGAACUUUUUGUAAGGCGUAUGCCUACUUUUUUUGAGACAUUUCCAGUUGUUUUGAUAGACGGAGACGGAAUUGUUAGAGCCGAUGUUCCUUUUCGAAGAUCAGAAUCGAAGUAUAGUGUUGAACAAGUAGGUGUAACUGUUGAGUUCUAUGGUGGCGAACUCAACGGAGUCAGUUAUAGUGAUCCCGCUACUGUGAAAAAAUAUGCUAGACGUGCUCAAUUGGGUGAAAUUUUUGAAUUAGAUCGUGCCACUUUGAAAUCAGAUGGUGUUUUUCGUAGCAGUCCAAGGGGUUGGUUUGCUUUUGGACAUGCUUCGUUUGCUCUUCUCUUCUUUUUCGGGCACAUUUGGCAUGGUGCUAGAACUUUGUUCCGAGAUGUUUUUGCUGGCAUCGACCCCAAUUUGGAUGCUCAAGUAGAAUUUGGAGCAUUCCAAAAACUGGGCGAUCCGACUACAAGAAGGCAAAUAGUCUGAUUCGGAUAGAACGUUUUUUUUUUUGUUGUUUCUUUUUUACUAUACUUUUGUUUGGGGUGAUUUAAAUUAAAUCAUAGGGAAUUUAAUUAAUCUUGA